GCUUUUAUUUCUGAAAGUUGAAGUUGUCUCAUCCAGUGUAUGGGAAAGUUGUAAAUAAUUUUCACUAUAAUUUUAACAAAACGCUUUCCUUACAAACGUAAGAUGCAUUAAAAGUGAUCUAAUGGUUAUAAAGUGACUCUUGAAAGUAAUGGAAAACCAUAAUAGGUGUGCCUUAUGAAACAAAAAACUAUCAUUGCGCACGAUACCCCAACGCCAUUUUGAGGCGAAAUUUUGUAUUAUAUCGGGCGCGGAGGAUGGCCCGGGGCAGGAGCGCUCUAUUUAACUGACGGACGCCGCCGGCUUACAGCUGGCGCUAGCAACAAGAAUGCCGCGCCCCGGCAGUCUGAAGGACCCGGACAUAGCUGAAUUGUUCAACAAACAUGAUCCUGAGAAGAUCUUUGAGGACCUCCGCGAGAUCGGUCAUGGGUCCUUCGGGGCGGUGUACUAUGCACGCUGCAAUCUCACCAAAGAGAUUGUGGCAAUCAAGAAGAUGUCCUAUCUGGGGAAGCAGAGUGAGGAGAAGUGGCAGGACAUUUUGAAAGAGAUCAAGUUUUUGAAACAGCUGGAGCACCCAAAUACCAUAGAAUACAAGGGGUGCUACAAGCGGGAGCACACAGCAUGGCUGGUUAUGGAGUACUGUGUUGGUUCUGCAUCUGACAUCAUUGAGGUCCACAAGCGUCCACUGCGCGAGGAGGAGAUAGCAGCGAUAUGCGAGGGCGUGGUCUGUGGGCUAUCGUACCUGCACAGCCUCGGGCGCAUUCAUCGCGACAUCAAGGCCGGGAACAUCCUGCUGACUGAGAACGGGACCGUCAAACUGGCGGACUUCGGCAGCGCCAGCAUCAAGUGUCCCGCCAACAGCUUCGUCGGCACGCCCUACUGGAUGGCGCCCGAGGUCAUACUCGCCAUGGACGAGGGCCAGUAUGACGGCAAGGUGGACGUGUGGUCGCUGGGCAUCACGUGUAUCGAGCUGGCGGAGCGCAAGCCGCCAUACUUCAACAUGAACGCCAUGUCCGCGCUCUACCACAUCGCGCAGAAUGACUCGCCGACACUACAAGCGCCAGAAUGGACAGACACAUUUAGAUACUUCGUGGAAGCGUGUCUGCAAAAGAACCCAUCGGACCGGCCGUCGUCGACCAAGCUGCUGUCUCACCCGUUCAUCACGCGGCCGCGAUCGCCCAACGUGCUGGUGGACUUGAUACAACGCACCAAGGCCGCCGUCCGGGACCUGGAUAACCUCAACUACAGGAAGAUGAAGAAGAUACUGAUGGUCGACGGCGAUAAUGAAAGCGCAAUCGGUGAUAGUGAGGAGACAGCCGAGGAGAGAUCAGGCGGCGACAGCUCCAAGUCCAACUCGGCGACGUCGGAGCACAGCGCGGCCGGCGCCUCCAGCCAGAGCUCCUCCUCCGGCAGUCUGCGGCGGCGGCCGAGAGUGAUGAAUGCGAACCACCACGGCCAGCCGGCGCCGGCGCCGCAGUACGCGCAUCUCAACCACCAGCACUCGCCGCACCAGCCGCGACGCAAGUGGCUUUACUCAUGUUGCUGUUUCGUACGUAGAGAGAGCGAGAGCCCUCUGCCGGCGGUGAACGACGACUACGUGAACAGAGACGCGGUGCGUGACUUCGCCAACCGAGAUUCAUUAUGUGAUGACUUCGGAGACGACUACGCGAACCGCGAGGCUAUACGCGAGGCACAGCGAGAGCGCGAGCGGCAGGCCAGUGAGUACCGCGAGUAUGUGAACGCACCGCCCGCCUGGCAUCACGAGACCGGCGACGAUAACAGGAACACGCAGCGGCGACAGCUCAGCAACAGGGAUCGGGAAUGCCUCAGCAACAGCGUGUCCGCGGCGAUGUCGCUGGCGGUGUCGGAGCACGGCGCCAACAAUUUCGCCACCAUCCGCACCACCAGCAUCGUCACCAAGCAGCAGAAGGAACACAACCAGGAGAUGCACGAGCAGAUGUCGGGCUACAAGCGCAUGCGGCGCGAGCACCAGGCCGCGCUGUUGAAGCUAGAAGAGCGCUGCAAGGCCGACGUGGACGCGCACAAGGCGCAGCUCGACCGCGAGUACGACGCGCUGCUGCAACAGUUGUCGCGCGACUUGGAGCGGCUGCAGACGAAGCACGCCCAAGAGUUGGAGCGCAAACAGAAGCAGAACGCGUCAGCGGAGAAGAAGCUGAUAAAGGACAUCACGGCGCGGCAGGAGCAGGAGCGCAAGGCGUUCGACACGCAGCGCAAGCGCGAGUACAAGGCCAACAAGGAACGCUGGAAAAAGGAGCUCAGCAUGGACGACGCCACGCCUAAACGACAACGGGACGCCACGCUGCAGUCUCAGAAAGACAACCUGAAGCAGGCCGAGGCGGCGGAGGAGGCGCGGCUGGUGCGCUCGCAGCGCGAGUACUUGGAGCUGGAGCUGCGGCGCUUCCGGCGCCGCCGCAUGCUGGCCGCGCACCACAAGGAGCAGGAACUGCUCAGAGAGGAGCUGAACAAGCGACAACAACAACUGGAGCAGGCGCACGCCAUGUUGCUGCGGCACCAUGAGAAGACGCAGGAGCUCGAGUACCGCCAGCAGAAGGGCGUGCACGCGCUACGGGAGGAGCAGCUGGCCAACCAGCACGCCACGGAGCUGGCCAACCAGCGCGAGUACAUGCAGCGCGCCGAGCACGAGCUGCGCAAGAAGCACGCGCUGCAGCUCAAACAACAACCCAAGAGCCUCAAGCAAAAAGAGAUGCAAAUACGCAAGCAGUUCCGGGAAACGUGCAAGAUCCAGACACGCCAGUACAAGGCGCUCAAAGCGCAGAUACUGCAGAUGACCGCUAAGGAGCAACAGAAGGAGGUGAUAAAGACGCUGAAGGAUGAGAAGCGACGCAAGCUGGUGCUGCUCGGCGAGCAGUACGACCAGAGCAUCAGCGAGAUGCUGCAGAAGCAGACCGUGCGGCUCGACGAGAGCCAAAUGAUGGAGUGCCAGCAGCUGAAGAUGCAGCUGGAGCACGAACUGGACAUGCUGACGGCGUACCAGAGCAAGAGCAAGAUGCAGGCGGAGGCGCAGCGCAACCGCGAGCGUCGCGAGCUCGAGGACCGCGUCGCCGUGCGUCGCGCGCUGCUCGAACAGAAGAUGGAGUCGGAGUGCGCGCAGUUCGUGGCGGAGCGCGCCGAGCGCACGCGCAUGCUGCACGAGCGGCACGAGCGGGAGCUGCAGCACUUCGACAACGAGAGUGCCAGGCUCGGGUUCAGCGCGAUGGCGAUCGCGGAGGGCAGCCGAGAGGGCUACGGCUCGGAGGAGCAGUCCCUGUCCGGCUCGCUGCUGUCGCUCGCGCACUCCAACUCCUCGGCCAGCUUCCCCGCCGGCUCGCUCUAACACACACACUCACACACACCAUACAUACACACACACGCCACACCGCUGUACCCAGGCCGCGCUGUUGCCAGACACCUUUGCUCUGGUGAACGGUGUAAGAUAAAACGCUCUCUUCUUUUAUUUACAUCGAGUGAUCGAGGUCUCUCUAUUUUUGUAUAUUGAACAUUUCUACUUUUGUCCUUGAGGGUUUAUGCUCAUGAGACGUAGUAUGUUUCACAUUUUAGGUAAUUCGUUUUUACUGAAAGUCAAUUUAAAAAGUAUUAAAUGGGUGUUUUUGAAACGUACGUUCACUGUAUUGGUAGUGAGCUAUUUUAUCUUAUCCUGUGUUGCCUUUAGGCUGGAGCCAUAAGUAAUUGUUGUAGAGGCUUGAGUGAAAUUGUUCAGCAGCGUGUAGGAAUAGGGAGGGAUAGUGUCGCGAAUCGGAAUGAUGGCCACUGAGUACGCUUCGCUGUGAUAGUUAGACAAUUGCUACGUUACGAGUAUUCAAUCUAGAAGCGAUCGCUUUGAAUUGCUUUUGAAAAUUAUUGAUACAUUUUGGAAUGUUGAAGACUCAGCUAGCACGUAAUUGGUAAUAACUAGUUGUAGGGUACGCCUGGCAACAGCGGCCUGCCUCCGCGCCCCAUCGUCAUCGUACUGAGACUGUGAGCCCUCCCGCAUCUUGUACUACUGUACACACGAAUUUUAUGUAAACAUUAGACUGGCUACUAGCCAACUUUAUAAUUGUUUUAUUACGUGGAGUGUAGUUUAAAAUAUUUAUUAAAUUAUACAAUAUCUAUUAUAAUAUUUAAGUGAUAACAAUCACGCUUAAUUUACAAAAUGAAAACUACACCCCAUAGUUAUUUACGUUGUCUUCCAAGUGAGAAUGCGCAGUAUCGGUAGCCCAGCCAGCGGCUCGGGAGGGCAUUUCCUAAUCUACACUAUUAAGUUUAUUACACUCCAUAAUUAAUUAAAUUAUAUGUAGCGCAGCGGCUAGUUCCGGGACCGCCUUGUACAUUGGUCACGCUCGUAGCACACAGCCCGGACACAUUCAGAACGCAAUGUCACUGACACUCAUGAUAUGGAGCCUGAACGAAAUCAAACUGUUCAUAUAGCCCGGAACAUGCCACUGCAAAAUAAAAAAAUGAUUGUAUGAAAUUGUUGGAGAGACUGUGCCGGUAGCAUGUUAUUUAAAUGUGCAGUGAUGUGCGAAUGAUACGCUUUUCUAUUAGGAAUUUUAACUCACAAUACGACUCUGCUUCGUCUUUUUUGCUCAUAAACAAAACAAAUAAUAAUCACACAAAAAUAACACUUUUGCAUGCUAUAAAAUUAUCUUAAUAUUUUGUUUUGACUAACGUCUUGAUCUCUUAGACAUAAGGAUUUAUAUCUUCCAUGAUUAGAUUUAAAGUUGAAUCGGAAUCUAAAAUACUAUUAGGCCGUCCAUGAGUAAAGUUGCAGGUUGCCGCAGCAGAGCGGACGGAGCAGGGUCCUGUAGAGUGUAGAGCGCAUGCUAAACUAAACUCUAGUACUCUGAUCUACUCUUGUAACAUAUUAUAUAGCUGUAAUACGUCUAGUGGUUCUAGCCAAUCUUUCUCUCGUUACUCUUCACCUAUUCAGGAUGGAAGGCGAAACCACGAGCAGGUGAAAUGAUAUUUUAAGGUAAACUUUGUAGUGUAACCAAGGAAUGUUGAUCCUCAAAGAGUACGCUUACAAGUUAGUGGCCGGCCUCGGGCGGCAGUGACGGCGACCGCAGCCCGCCCGCACCCCGCUCGCAGCUCACUAUCACACACAUUAGAUAGUCCAAAUUAUAAUAUUCAUAUCAUUAGUUUUUACUUUAGGGACAAUUUUGAAAAUAAUAAAUAAGUUUAUUUCUUAGCGCGCCGACUGAUCGUUUUGUUUAUUGGCCUAGAAUUGAUUUUCUAAAUGUAUUUACAAUUUUGUUACCAAUGCAACAAUUGUGCUUACGUUAGAAGUUUUAGAUGUUAAUAUGUAACAUGCUUUACUAAAUAAAUCGUAACAAAAAUGCAAGUGCUGUGUAUGGAUAUUGUAUAACAAACUGCCAAUUAUGUUUUGUAAAUAUUAAAGUAUAUAUCGCGAGCAGGAGCACACAAUUUGCCUUACGAGUGGCGGCGGGCGGGGCUCGGUGUUUGUACAUAAAGAACAAUAAUAUAAAAUUAUAUUAUACAUAGUUUGUUACUUUUGUAAGGUGCGAGUGCGUUAUAGUGUACAUUGGGAGUGCGUGCGCCCCACGCGGGGCCCACUAUGUGCUAUUUUCUUUAUCUAGUGUCCUAAUACACUAUUGUAUUGUCUACUAAGCUUACCAGUCAUGUAUGUAUAGACGAUUACAUAAAUAUUUAAUUUAACGCCGAUUUUAGUCAUAAAUAUCCAAAUUUAGUUAAUGCUAUUUUUUAAAGUAAUUUUUUAUUUUAUUAAUUAUUCUCUUCCUAUAUCACAUUGCUCGUAAGCAUCACACGAUGUGAUUCGUAUUAUUUUGAGUCUGUUGACAGUUAUUUAGGGUUUCAAAAUUCGAUACAAAAUAGAUGUUUAAAUAUUUAUCGAAAUUAAAUCGCUAAUUUCAAAAUUAUUAGAUGUGCAAUGCCAGCUCUCGAUAUCUUAUUUAUAAACAGACUCGAGUUUCCUCUGUAUUUAGUUGGUGGCAUGUUAUAGCAACUCGCUGUCGUGGACAGUUGACUGACUUAUUUGUAGUAUCGUUCAACGGUAGCUGGCAUUGCACGUCGCUACUUCAAAAGUCGUAGCCUCCACACUUCUCCUGACCUGACCAAGUAAUUGACAAUAAUCUCUAGACACAGCCUGACUCGACUUGUCAUUUUGUCUCUGUAAAUACAUUAGGCCAAUGUGCAAUCUAGCGCUCGCGAAACUUGUUUCCAUCUAAAUGAAUCUAUACUAAUAUCGUUACCUUCUCAAGCCCUUUAUAUAAGAGAACAGCGGUGGUCUCUAUCAACUAAUUGCCAUUGAAAUUAUUACUAGAUUUAUGUACCGAUCGGCAGGUCGGGACAAUAUUUCUAGUCACUAGUGUUACUCUAUUAUAUACGAAGUAUGAAUGUGCCUAAUAAAUAAUUGUUAUUUAAAUAUCAUAUUUGAUAAACUAAUGCACCUUAGCCAAGCCAUGCAGUUUUCGCCAUUCAAAUGUUGAAUCGAAAUUAUGAUAUAUGAAAAUAUAUUUUUAAGUGAACAUCUAAGGCCACCGUUGAACUCCUAAAGAUCUUAGAAAAUAUCUGGAUCCGAAGCACUUAAGGAAUUGAAUUGUAGCUGUAACUUCGCUUGCCUGCAAUUGAUGGUCGGUAUAUAAACGUUAGGCGCGUAGUUAUCGCUCGCUACAUAGAGCCCUGCUUGAAAUCGUGCAGGUGGAACUCUUGUGCUUUAAAAAGAAGUUAAAUUGUGAGAUUGUUUUCCAAGUAUGCACCACAAGACUGCUGAGUAUGGCUACGUUCUGUACUAACUUGUAAGAGUUCAGUGUUUUCAACAGCAUCUAGUAAAAUGUUUGUCUCCGAUUCGAAUUUGGAGUGCAGUGAAGUGACCUACCAGUAUCGAAUGAAAGCAAGGGAAUAGUGCGUAGAUGCGUCUCUUUCUUAUUCCCAACCUCCCACCUCUUAGCUGUUCUAGAGUUAGAAGUUUCACCCUCAACACGUCACUACCGACAAAUUAUUAUUACGAUAUAGAAGUACCAAACUCGUAGUUAGCGAUCACGUAUUAUAUGUACAUUGUAUUGUAACUAAAUAAUUUUUAUAUUUUACCAUUGUAUAGUCGUUUAUCACCGAUAGGUAGUUAGCAAUAUUUUGACAGAGGUGUGACAAGGCGCGCGCGCGCGGGGCUCGUUGCGGUUGUUGACGCGCGGGCGGCGCCGUUGUUGUUUUCUUUUUAUUUUUUGUUAUAUAUUUAAAUAACACAAUCGACUUGUAGUUUUAAUAAUUAUUAUCAUUAAUUAUUAUAUUGUAAUAUAAUCUUAUUAAUGAAAAAAUCAAACUGAAAAUAAAUAGAAAGGAAAUA